AUGUGGCCAGCAUGUGCCAUACAGGCUCCAGGAAGCAGCAGGAGCACGCGUGAGAGGUUCCGAAUGGGGAGCAGCAGAGGGGAGAAGAGGUGCCACAGGAGGGGUCUGCAGGUGCACAGUGCACAGCUGAUGGUUCGCUGUCACCCUGCAGCAAACUCAGCCUGGAGACCAGGGCAUUGCAUCUGCAAAGCUCUGAGGGACUAUCAAGCCCCUUUCAGUCCUCUUCAUUGGGAGAAACAGUUCCAGGAUACACGAUUUAAUUUAAUUUCCAUAUUGUUAAUAAAGGGUGCAUGUGCUUGUCUUCCACAAAGUGUAGUUGUGUCUGCACACCUGGGAAUAGCAUUAAGCUUGCGGCAGGACCAUUGUCCGCAGAUUCAGAAGCGUUCUGAUGCUGUUGGCCCUCUUGCAAUCGGACUGCUUCGUUGGAAAAAUCCAUAUGUGUAUGGGAACCUUCACCUCCCUCUCACCUUCUCUGAAGAUGCCUAUGUUCCUGUAUUUCAAUAUUUUGCUACACAAAAUGACUUAUCAUAUCCAUUAUCCUGCCCAGCUUCACUUUCUAUCACUCCAGUGCCUUCUUACAGCAGUAGUAGUCAAGAAACUUUGAGUCAAGACUCUACAGGUAUAAGUUUAUCUAUUCAUGGGGCUGAAAAACGUGUGCAAAUCUGUCAAAGAAGAACUGCAGCAAGCUACCCAGUGUCACAGUGUCUGCCUGUGGUUGGACAUCCUUCACUCCCACAAGUCAGAAGGUCAAUAAAAAUGGAAGCCUCAUCUUCUGGAUCUAGUAUUUCAGCAGUCACUGGUGGAAAAGCAAAAACCCAUCAGCCAGAAGGAAGAGAGGAUUUACAGGUUAACCGGCUGGAAACGCAAAUAUGGAUAAAACCAGACAUACAGAAGACAGAUAUGGACUUUUCAGAAAUUCUUAAUGCAAUACAAGAAAUAGCUAAGGAUGUCAACAUUUUUUUUGAUGAAUUGGAAGGUGUGAACAGUCCUUCCAAAGAUGAUGACUCCCUACUUCACCAUGGUAAUUUGACCAGUACUUCUGAUGAUGCCAGCAGGUUGGAAGUUGUGGGAGAGGAAGUACCUGAUAAAAACAAAUUAAAUGGACUGUAUUUUAGAGAUGGGAAAUGUCGUAUUGACUACAUCCUGGUAUACAGAAAAUCUAAUCCACAAACAGAAAAGAGGGAAGUAUUUGAGAGAAAUAUCAGAGCAGAAGGCCUUCAAAUGGAAAAAGAGUCAUCUCUAACAAACAGUGAUAUCAUCUUUGUGAAGUUGCAUGCCCCUUGGGAGGUCCUGGGCAAAUAUGCUGAACUAAUGAAUGUAAGAAUGCCUUUCAGGCCCUUUAACCCCUUCAAUGCUGGAGCCCCCUGCAUACUUGUGCGCUGCUGUUUUUUAAAUGGACAUUUCAUUGAAAUCAAUGGGAGGUCGAGAAGAUCCAGGAGAAAAAUCUAUUACCUGCACCGCCGAUACAAGUUCAUGAAUAGGAUCGAGAAACAAAUAAGCAGGUUUCGAGGAUGGUUGCCUAGAAAGCCAAUGAAACUGGACAAGGACACACUACCAGAUCUGGAGGAGAAUGACUGCUAUACUGCUCCAUUCAGCCAACAAAGGAUCCAUCACUUCAUCAUACACAACAAAGAUACUUUCUUUAAUAAUGCUACAAGAAGUAGGAUUGUACACCAUAUCUUGCAAAGAGUGAAAUAUGAAGAAGGGAAAAACAAAAUUGGUCUGAAUCGAUUGCUCAGUAAUGGCUCCUAUGAAGCUGCAUUUCCUCUUCAUGAGGGAAGUUACAGAAGUAAGAAUUCAAUAAGAACCCAUGGGGCAGAAAACCACAGACACCUGCUCUAUGAGUGCUGGGCUUCCUGGGGAGUGUGGUAUAAAUACCAACCACUAGACCUUGUGAGACGGUACUUUGGUGAGAAAAUUGGGCUGUACUUUGCCUGGUUAGGCUGGUACACAGGGAUGCUCUUCCCAGCUGCCUUCAUUGGAUUGUUUGUAUUUUUGUAUGGAGUCACCACUUUGAACCACUGCCAAGUCAGUAAAGAAGUCUGCCAGGCAACAGAUAUAAUAAUGUGUCCUAUAUGUGAUAAAUACUGUCCCUUCAUGAGGUUGUCGGACAGCUGCAUUUAUGCCAAGGUAACCCACCUUUUUGACAAUGGAGCUACUGUAUUUUUUGCUGUUUUCAUGGCAGUGUGGGCAACUGUUUUUCUGGAGUUUUGGAAAAGAAGGCGAGCAGUAAUUGCUUAUGACUGGGACUUAAUAGACUGGGAAGAAGAAGAG